AUGUUUGAUUUUGUCACGCGUCGUCGUCUUAUUUUUGGUGUUGUUGCAUUAUUAUUUGUGACAAUAAGCGUUUUAUUUAUUGCUCAUCUAAAUUCAAAAUUUUUUGAUCGCGUUAUUCCGACCUCUUAUAUAUCGUAUUCAUCAAAUAGUUCACUCGACGAUAAACAACAAUCAAAUGAAUGUUAUCUGACUGAAACAAUUGAAGUUGUAGCAUUUUGCCAAAAAUGUACAGCGUAUGAACGUCGUUCGAAAGCAAAUGGCUGUUCACCAACAGGCUAUAAAGAACUCGUACUUUGUAGCAAGUCAAAUAUAAAAGCUUCACGUGCAUGCCCAGUGCCGAUUCGUAUUCAGAAAGAAAACUUUUGGAUUUUUCAGGGUAUUGUAUUUUUUAUUGGUUUGCUAUCGAUGGCAAGUGUUCAUGGACGACAAAAGGCGUUGGAUAAACAAAUGGUUGAAAAAAUUAAAAGACAAAUAGGCGAGAGUGAUAAAUGA